AUGUCCGACAAAGCAAGCUCUUGCGAUUCAUCUGAUUUCUCUGAUGGAUACCCAACUACAACAACAAUCAGUACAGUUGCUGUACAAGCUGGGAAUGCACGUAUUGUACUUGCUGUAUUACGUUGUGGUAAUUGGAUUCGUGUUAGGAUUCAGCGCAUGGAGCCAGACCUAUAUGAUAUUGGAGGAAAUGCUGAUGAAGCGCGAUCAUUGCAAGAAAUACACGAACAUUUAUGUGCGAAAUUAGCGUCUAAACAAGAACAAAUUUCAGAACUGUUGUCAAGAGCAGAUGAUCUAGUUACGCAGCAGACAUCGGAUAAUCAAAGUCAGGUAUAUGCUGCAAUGGCGGAAUCAUUAAAUCGAGCAUGGCGUGAUUUACUCGGCAUACUAACACAGCGUGGGCGUCUAUUAGACUUAGCUGUGGAAUGCUUUAAUUCAGCUGAGAACGUUAUUCAUCAGUCUGAAAGGGUAGAACACUUAUGCAAUACUGGAACUUGGGGUCACGAUGUGAAUUCAGUACGUCAGUUGAUAGAAGAACAUGAAAAUUUGAAACGUACUGGACUACUGGAACCGUCGCAUAACAUGUUGAGUUCAGCCAAUAACCUAUUAGAAUUACUAGGCCGUAUGUCAUCCCAAGCGGGUGGUACAACCUCAGCCUCAAAUACUGGAUCUGGACGUGCAAGUAUUGAAGCUAGAGAACAUGUAGCUACAGUUACAUCCAAAGCAGGAAUGGCUAGACGACAUGCUGAAGAUGUAUGAGUCGUCGUGAUCAUUUACUUCAUUUAAGACUAGCCGUAGUCUCUAUGGAAGCAGAGUUAGAAC